GAGAGCAGCCAAUCACAGGACAGAUUGUACCCGGAGCCCAGAGCGAGCUGCUGCCGGGUAACCAGGGAACGGGGACUCACUGACCGCACAGCAGCUCACGCCAUCUCUUCAUGUCAGCCUGGACUCUUUAAACCGAUACAAUCGCUGCAUCUUAGGGGGUCCCAGGGGAUCAAGGCUCCUCAGAAAAAAAAUUCUGGGGGGUUGAACCCCACUAAGAACAAAUCCUGGUUUAUUUUCUGUAAACUCCAACAUGGCUGCCCCAGGAGCUACAAAGACUGCUUGGAAGCUGCAAGAAAUUGUUGCCCACUCUAGCAAUGUGUCGGCGCUUGUUCUCGGGAAGAGUUCUGGCCGCCUGCUGGCCACUGGAGGUGAAGAUUGUUGUGUCAACUUGUGGUCUGUUAAUAAACCUAACUGUAUCAUGAAUCUUACGGGACAUACCACGCCAGUGGAGAGCGUUUGUUUUAAUUCUUCUGAAGAAAUGAUUGUGGCUGGCUCACAGUCAGGCUCUCUGCGUGUCUGGGAUUUAGAAGCUGCCAAGAGUAUCCGGACAUUAACAGGACAUAAAGCCAAUCUGUGCAGCCUGGACUUUCACCCGUAUGGGGACUUUGUGGCAUCAGGUUCCAUGGACACAAAUAUAAAGCUUUGGGAUGUACGAAGGAAGGGCUGUGUGUUUCGCUAUAAGGGCCACACAGAGGCGAUUCGCUGUCUGCGGUUCAGUCCGGACGGGAAGUGGUUGGCGUCAGCAGCUGACGAUCACACAAUAAAGCUCUGGGAUCUUGCAGCAGGUAAACUAAUGGCAGAAUUCACACAGCACACCGGUCCGGUACAUGUUGUUGAAUUUCACCCUAAUGAGUACCUCUUGGCAUCAGGAAGUGCAGACCGGUCUGUUCGAUUCUGGGACCUGGAGAAGUUCCAGUUGGUGGGCUGUACUGAAGGGGAGACCGUACCGGUCAGAGCCGUCCUUUUCAGUAGUGAUGGUGGGUGCCUUUUCUGUGCUGGUCGGGACUCUCUCCGGGUGUAUGGAUGGGAACCCGAGCGCUGCUUCGAUACGGUUCCUGUAGGAUGGGGGAAGGUUUCUGAUUUGGCGAUCUGCAAUAAUCAGCUGAUCGGGGUCUCUAGCACCCAGUCCACUGUCUCUUCCUUUGUGGUUGACUUGACUCGGGUUAAAAUGACCGGCACAGCACCGCCAGGUCCGCAGUCACCAGUGAUACCCAUCACCCGUACUACACCCACCGGAUCCUCGCUGAGACGCAUCUAUGAGCGUCCAUCUACAUCCUGCAGCAAACCAAAGAGGGUGAGUCCAGUCAGUGACGAAGAGGAAAAAGAAUCCAGAGCCGAGAUCCAGAACGCAGAGGAUUAUCAUGAGAUCUUCCAACCAAAGAGCUCCAUCUCACGUACUCCGCCACGGUACCACGAGCCCUUCCCAGCUCCCUUAGAGGAUGAGAAUGCAGCAGUGAAGGAGCCGGACCCAGUGACCGCUACCAUCAGCAACAAGCGAAACUCUGAACAAUUGCCAAGACCCCCGGUUGCUGCCUCUACACCUAUUGUGUAUCCAGAGCUGCCUCCUCCACCGUCACCACCAAACAAUCCUCCGGUAAUAUCUGCUGCUCGCAACGAACCAAUCGGACUCAAAGUAGCAGACUUCUUGCCUGCUAUAAAGGGUGCAGCCCCCAUCGAGGUGGGGAAUGAUGAAGCCAUGUGUCAGAUUCGGAAAGGUCAUGAUACUAUGUGCAUGGUACUGACCAGCCGAAUGAAGAACCUCGAUGUCGUUCGAGCCCUGUGGAGUACCGGGGACAUCAAGACAUCCAUGGACUCUGCUGUGGCUAUUAAUGACCUGUCUGUGGUUGUUGAUCUUCUGAACAUUAUCAACCUGAAAGCGUCCUUGUGGAAGCUGGAUCUAUGUUCAGUUGUUUUGCCUCAGAUUGAGAAGCUUCUUCAGAGCAAGUAUGAAAGCUAUGUGCAGACUGGAUGUUUGUCACUGAAGCUGAUUCUGCAGAGGUUUCUGCCAUUGAUCACGGAUACCCUGGCUGCCCCACCUUCUGUUGGCGUGGACAUAACCCGUGAGGAAAGGCUCACAAAGUGCAAGUUGUGUUACAAGCAGCUUCGGACACUCAGUCCGCUGGUAAAAACCCGUGCCUCACAGAGCGGCCGCUAUGGAAGUGCCUUCAGAGAGCUGCAGCUGCUUAUGGCUGCUUUGGAAUAAUGUGGAGCAUUACCUGUCUUGUAUCUCGGCAGGGAGGUAGCUGGGACACUAGCACAGAAUCUGUUUUAAAGGGCAGGUCCUGACAAACUCUCAGAGAGUGGCUUUGGGGUCCUCCUUAGUGGGUUUCAGAGUUCCAUUCCUCCAAGACUGACAGCACCUCGCUCACACAAUCCCUUGCCCAGUGUCUGGCUGGAGGAAUGCUAGGAGGGAUGCUGAAGAAGUAAGAUCUGGGUUUCUAAAUCUUCCGCUGGUUUGUUUACUGUUAAUUUAUAGUAAAAUGUAAUUAAAAUGUAAUUUUUAAUUUCU